UGUUCGUACGUUUUUUUCGUAUAAUUAUACGAACGCUACGAAGUACUUCGUUUCGUGAAACGAAUGUCAUACGAAGUGCUUCGUUUAAAAUAAAAAAUAUAAACGAAGUUUAUACGAACUUUUUUAAUACAUGAUACGAACUUAAACGAAGUUUUUUUAUCAUACAAAAUAAAAUGAUACGAACUUUGAACGAAGUAAAUUGCUAUACGAUCUUGAAACGAACUUCAAAAGUACCGGCGUAAUAGCGCGUAAUUAUUUCAAUACAAAAUCAGAAACAAAAGAAUUAAACGAAGUUUUUUUGACAUAGGAAAAGAAAUGAUACGAACUUUAAACGAAGUAAAUUGCUAUACGAACUUAAAACGAACUUCAAAAGUACCGGCGUAAUUGCGCAUAAUUAUUUCAAUACGAAACCAGAAAUAAAAGAAGUAAAAUAUACGAUUUAUUUUAAUAGUUUCAACCAAACUUAAAUUUAAUAUCAAGCAUUUGUAUUUCCUUUUUAAAAUAUCGAAUUUAAUUAAAUUAAACAGUUUUUUUUAAAACUAGCUACUUUCAUAGCAUGUCUAAAAAUUACGACAGUGAUAUCGAUUGGAUAUAUGACACAGCCAGUUCCGACGACGAGACUGAUUUGUUGCAAAAUAAAAAUAAAAGACGAGGAAGACCAAGCAUACACGAGAAAUAUCCGGAAAUAAUUACUUGUGUCAAGACGUUGAUAGAACAGGGUUCUGCUGAAGCUCACUUACGUCGGAGAGACAGUGUUAUGUACACAAAUGGGCUUUCUUUGAAUGAUAUCGUUAUGCACGUCAAAAAAACCUUGGGUAUAACUGUUAGUCGCCACACCAUUCACAGAUUAAUGCUUCCACCCCGAAAAAAAAACACAGCGAGUAAAAACUACAAAUGUCUGAUAGACGCACGUGUUCCUCCAAAAAGAAAUACAAAAGAAAAAAAAACACACGACGACUUUCAUUUCACUUGCGGUCAAGUUCGCAUAGUUAACGAAAUGGGAUAUCUUUGCAAAGAAAACACACUUAUGCUGUCCGUAGACAAUAAAAAUAAAGUUGAUGUGGGUAUUCCAGCGAACAGCAGACGAACGAAAAUACGCACUUUUCAUUUGGUUAACGAAGCACCAAAUUAUAAUGAUCACGAUUUUCCAAAUCCAAACUCAAAGCUUGUGCCUGCUGGCUACCAAAUACUAAAGGACCGAAUACAGCGGAGUCGUUCUCUUUCUCCUGCAAAGAAAAUUACUUUUCGACGCAAGCGAUCUUUAUCCGAAGGAUCAAACAUUGACAACCAACUCAAACGAUUUGUAAGAAUAUCGAAAGACAAGUUGAAUCGUUCAAUAAUAAACUGGCCGCGUUCUGGAAAACUUCUGGUGCAGUUGUAUCCAUCGCGUCUUAUUGAAAGCACCAACGUGAUGCACGUCAAUCAUAUGAUAAAUUUGAUUGAAAAAGAAAGAAAAAUAAAAGAAAUCGUUAAUGUUGUUGCGAUUGCUGACGGAGGCCCUGACUGGUCAGUUAAGGGCAUUAUUAAUUUCAUGUCUAUGGGUUUGCUGUGGAGAAAUCUUGAGCUCGACACAUUUGUUGUACAAUCAUACGCACCUGGUCACUCAAGAUUUAAUCCCAUUGAGAGAUGCUGGUCUUACCUGACUAACAGGAUCUCAACAGUAACUUUGCCAGACGAUAUUGAAGGAGUAACACCACAUCAAAAUGACGUUGAGGGGUGGAUGAAAGUUCUGGACAGAGCUGUCGAUUUGUGUGCUCGAUUUUGGCAUAAUAAGACCUAUUGUGGAUUCCCCAUAGCUGUGGAAACAUUUAAAAGUGACAAUCCACUGGUACCACAUUUAAAAAAUGCUCAUACCAUGCUGAGAGAUUUUUCGAAUGCGUCUAAGAAAAAACUGAAUGAAACCCCUGGUUAUUCAGAACUGGCGGAAAUUUAUUCCUUUUUGGUCAGACACGCUAAUCGUAAAGCAUACCAGUUAGAGUUCGUGAGAUGCGCCGACAAAUCGUGCGGUCAUUGCUCCAAUUUGCCAAAGCGCGAUAACCAAUUUUUGGACCUAAUACAAGAGUUUGGGGGUAGCUGUCCGAUUCCCGAAAAUAGCGAAUUCCAUAAAGGACAUUACAAAACUUUUAUGGAAUUAAUGCAGAGUCGUUUUUGUGACAAAAGUUACAAAAAGAAAUUAUCAAACCCGACAAGCUUUGGUUCGUGCGAACACGGAUGGCUAAAUAAAAAAGACAUUCGUAUGCCGGUUAAAAUAAGACCAAUGAUUUCCAGAAAUUUAAUAACGAAGAAAAACUUUCCAAAUCGAAAACAUCCAAAAGAUCUCCAAUAUGAAGAUGUCAUUUACGACAUGAAAAGAAAUCAGAAAUUUAUUGUUGACACAAACGAUCAAUACGAGGCUAAAAUUACUACAACCACUGGAGAAGCAGUUCUUUACGAAAACCUCAAAGAAUACGAUGGUGAAAUCGUUGCAGUAGCGGAAGAACCUGAUGCAAACAUGCUACAACUAGAUUUUUCAGAUGACACAACCGUUGAAGUAUCAACAGAAGAAAAGUCGUGUUUACCGGCUUUAAAGUCUUUAGACAUUUUGUUUGAACCUGCCUUAAAAAGGUCAUCUUCACUUUCACCAAAGGACCUUCCAACCCUUCAAGAAGAAACAUUUCAGCCUGAAAUCCAUGAAACAACAGAAUGUUUAGAAGAAGGAGAGAGUAUAUCUUCACUGCUGAAGAAAUUAUUUCGAGAAAUAAAAGAAAUUAAGGUCGACAUACGGGAAAUUCGAGAAAGAAUUGACAUAAACGAGGCUACCACUAAUCAAAUAAAUGAUAAAGUAGAACUUGUGGAAACAACUACAAAACACAUUGAGACGCAUUUAAAAAGAAGAAAGGAGAAAAGUAAACUUUCAUCUGAAACAUUUUUUGUUCGUCCAGACAGUACCAGAGCAUUUCAAGUCACCCCCACUGUUAACGCCACUAACAUUACUUCCGAAGAAUUUAACAUGACAUGCAUUUACUGGAAAAUCCCAUGA